AUGGAUAAAUUCAUCUCCUCAAUUUUGUGCUGCUCCUCCAGGAAAAAAUCUUCCAUUUCCAAAAACAAAAAAUCUUCCAAAAGAGACUCCAAAUCAAACAAUACUGCUAAUAUCAUUAGCAAUAUUAACAGUCUUGCCACUAACGCUCCUGACAAUAACCAUACUAACAACACUAACAAUCUCAACAUCAGCAAUGCCAAUGAAAUUCCCACCACCAACAAUGGCACCCUAGUCUCCAAUUCUCACGCCAUCUCCAAUUCAAUGUCUAAAAUCAAAAUUAAAACCAGCAAAGAUAUUAUCACCACUGACUCUUCUAUUAUCUCCCUUCCUUCUCCUAGUCAUGACGAUGACGACGAUAAAACUAUAACUCCUUCAAACAAAAAAAGCUCUUCUGAUAUUCUAACACACAACUCUUCGGACUCAAACAAAAUUAACACCCAUCUAUCUGAUUUAAAUGAAAAAAGUCAAAAUAUUACUCAAAAUGAUACUCAAAAUGAUUCUCAACAAGAUAUUCAAAUUCAAAAAACUCUUCUAAAUAACAAUGAUCUUACUAACAACUUGCAAACUCAAGACCAAGAACAGCUAAAUCUGCAAUCAAUUCCACAAAAUCCAGAUUUAAUCAUUCAAUUUCAACCACAACCAAGAUCUUUGUCUCAAGACUCUCAAUCUCAAGAUUUAAAUGAUUUUCAUGACUCUCAUGAUGAAGACUUUACUGACGAUCUAGAUCAACUAGAUUUGACUCGAAUUCAACCUGGUCAGGUUGUAUCUUCGACUGGUUGGUUAUUAGAGAACAAACCAGAUUAUUUAAAACACAGAAAGUGCUUGAUUUUGGAUCUAGAUGAAACUUUAGUCCAUUCUUCUUUUAAAUUCUCAAGAACUGCCGAUUUCGUCAUUCCCGUUGAAAUUGAUGGCCAAAUUCACAACGUCUAUGUAAUCAAAAGACCUGGCGUUGAUGAGUUCAUGAAAAAAGUAGGUCAAUUAUAUGAAGUAGUGGUCUUUACCGCCUCGGUUUCAAAAUAUGGUGAUCCCGUUAUAGAUGAACUAGAUAUUCAUAAAAGUGUUCAUCACAGAUUGUUUAGAGAAAGUUGUUACAUGUAUGAAGGUAAUUACAUUAAAAAUUUGUCUCAAAUUGGUAGAUCUUUACAAGAAACAAUAAUCAUCGAUAAUUCAACUGCCUCUUAUAUUUUCCACCCCCAACAUGCUAUUCCAAUAUCGAGCUGGUUCUCCGAUACACAUGAUAAUGAAUUGCUAGAUUUAUUACCAUUUUUAGAAGAUUUAUCAAAAGAAAAUGUUAAUGAUGUUAGCUUGGUUCUUGACGUUAAUAUCUAA